CCUAUAAAGAGCUCUAGCCUUCUUAAAAUUCACAUCUCCCUCCAUUCCUCCUCAAUUCUUCUUCCUCAACAACUCCAAAAUAAAAACUUUUCUCAAGAAAAUGGGCAACUGUCAAGCCAUUGAUACUGCAACUAUUGUGAUACAACAUCCAAAUGGAAGAGCAGACAAGCUGUAUUCUACUGUGUCUGCAAAUGAAAUCAUGAAGAUGAAUCCCGGCCACUACGUCGCCCUCCUCCUCACCACCACCUUGUACUCCUCCUCCACCGCGGCCGCCGCCACUACUGUAAAUGACAAGAACACCCCUCUUCGAAUAACGAGGAUCAAACUUCUUAGGCCAACUGACACUCUUGCUAUUGGUCAUGUCUACAGACUUGUUGCAUCUAAAGAAGUGAUGAAAGGGCUGUGGGCUAAGAAACAAGCUAAGUUGAAAUUAGAGGGUGCUGACAAAAUAGAGAAAUUAAGCCCACAAUUUGAAACUCAGGUGAAGCAAGAAAAACAGAGAUCAAGAAAUAAUACAGCAGUAUCAAGAUCUAGAGGCUGGCAACCAUCAUUAAAAGCAAUUUCUGAAGCUGGAAGCUGAAUUAUUUUUUAUUUUUCUCCUUUAUUUUCUUUUUUUUUUGGGGCCUGAUGUUGGAUUGAAGAUUAAUAGUAGUUCAAAACAGGCAAAUUCAAGUGGCCUAAUUUUGAAGGGUUAAUUCAAUGAAUAGCAAAUCCCUUUAUGUAUAUACCAUUCUCUCUCUCUCUAAUUUUCAUUUUCUGUUAAACUUUGGAUCUUCAAAAUUUAAAUUUGAAGAAUUAGAUUUCGGCAUAAAUAAGAUCAUGUUAGAAAUAA